CAUGAGAACCGGUUGGAAGAAGAAUGACACCACAGGGAGAUGAAUCUCCCAUUCAGCAAUUCUAGUCACAGCUCUUUCAUUAAUGAGCUCUGUGACUUUGAACAAGUGUCUUCCUCUUUGUAGCAUUAAGUGUCCACAUUUGUAAAAUGAGGGCUUGAAUUGGCUGGGAUCUAAACUCCCUUCCAGGAUUGAUGCUCCUGGAUUCUGUGAUCAGUAUGAAGACUGGACAUCAGUGGAAGGAAGCAGAUGAAUAUUAUCACAGCCCAACCUCUCUCCAGAAUUCCAGACCAGACAUCGACUGUCUACUCAACAUCUCUCUUUGGAUAUUUAAUAGGCAUCUCAAGCUUAAGGUGUCCAAAACUUGGCUGCUAAUACUCGCCUCCUCCUUCUCCUUCCCCUUCUUCCAAUAAACUUGCACGCCUUCAGUCUUCCUCAUCGAAGAAUUUCACAGAUCAGCAAAUUGUGAAGUGAGAUUGGACCCGAAGUGAUUCUCUUGGCCAAGGAGAGAGACCAGUAGUGAUUGCAGGAAGGGUCAGAAACCUCGUUUCGCAAGAUGGGAAUGUCACGGGAAGGGAAGGGAAGAUUUAGAUCCUUGUUUCCCACCUGCUGAAAGCCCCCUGAAUGAGAUGAAGACACUCAGACCCAAAGCAGCUUUGACCAAAAUCACCCAGAAAGGUAAAUGGAAGAGCUGGAGACCAGUUUAUUCCAGACACGGAAAGCACACAGAAUAGAACAAAUGGUGGCAAGGUGGCUCCGGCGCUCCCGGGACAGCUCAGCCGGGGCUAAAGUUGCUGCAGCUGAUGGGCCCCCCGGGAUCCCAACCCAGACCAUCAUCCCUGUGAAACAUACAGUAAAAAUAGACAAAGACGCCCUCCUCCAGGACUAUGGAUUUCACAUUUCUGAGACCCUUCCCCUCACAGUGGUGGCUGUCACAGCAGGAGGCUCCGCUCAUGGCAAGCUUUUCCCCGGUGAUCAGAUACUCCAGAUGAACCACGAGCCUGCCGAAGACCUUUCCUGUGAACGAGCAGUUGAGAUUCUGAGGGAAGCUGAAGAUUCUCUUUUAAUCACAGUUGUUCGCUGCACAUCGGGAGUCCCCAAGUCCUCCUUCCUGACAGAGGAGAAGCGAGCCAGGCUGAAGACCAACCCUGUGAAGGUGCACUUUGCCGAGGAAGUGCUCGUCAGCGGACACAGCCAGGGUAAUUCUCUGUUGUGUAUGCCCAACGUGCUCAAGGUGUACUUGGAGAAUGGACAGACCAAAGCUUUCAAGUUUGAGGCACACACGACUGUGAAGGAUAUCAUCCUCACGGUGAAGGAGAAGCUGUCGAUCCGAAGUACAGAGUACUUUGCGCUGGCCCUGGAGGAGCAGUACAACAUCUCGCGGCUGCACCUGCUGUACGAGGAGGAGCUCAUCCAGCAGUUGUUUUGUGGAAUAACUGUGAGAACAAAAGCAGAAGAUGAAUCGUGUCUCUCUUAUGCAUCGCAGGUGGUAGAAAGGGAGGAGUCACAUGACUACCGCUGCCUCUUCAGGGUGUGUUUUGUUCCCAAGGACCCCCUGGAUCUCCUGAAAGAAGACCCCAUAGCCUUUGAAUACCUCUAUCUGCAGAGCUGCAGUGACGUGCUCCAGGAGCGCUUUGCCAUGGAAAUGAAAUGCAGCUCUGCGCUCCGGCUCGCGGCCCUGCACAUCCAGGAGCGGAUCUACGCAUGUGCCCAGCCACAGAAAAUCUCUUUGAAGUACAUAGAGAAGGAUUGGGGAAUAGAGAACUUUAUAUCUCCAACUUUACUACGAAACAUGAAAGGAAAAGACAUCAAGAAAGCCAUUAGCUUCCACAUGAAGAGGAACCAGAAUUUGCUGGAACCCAGACAGAAGCAACUUAUUUCUGCUGCCCAGCUACGUUUAAAUUAUCUACAGAUCCUUGGGGAACUCAAGACGUACGGUGGGAAAAUCUUUAAUGCUACUUUAAUGUUACAGGAUAGAGAAUCCUACAUUGCCCUUCUGGUUGGAGCCAAGUAUGGCAUUAGCCAAAUUAUCAACAGCAAACUCAAUAUCAUGUCCACGUUGGCAGAGUUUGCAAACAUCAGCCGUGUAGAGCUGACAGAAGAAUCUGAGAAAGUGAGCAUGGUCAAAGUGUAUCUUCAGGACAUCAAGGUUUUGACUUUGCUGCUGGAAUCCAACAGUGCAAAAGACCUAGCCUGCCUGAUUGCUGGGUACUACAGGCUGUUUGUUGACCCAGUUACCUCCAUUUUCCUCUGGCCGGGAAACAAACAACAGGUGCACCGGGUGUCCGCUGAAGAAGGUUAUGAAUCCAGGCCAUGCAGCGACUCCGAGGAGUCCUCUGAGGUGGACUGCGUGCUGGAGCCCCUCUCUGACAGACGCCUGCUGAAGCUGGGCCCCUGCAGUCCACUUGUGGAAGAGGAGCAGCCCCCUGGGGCCGGCCCCACGCCUGAGGUGGCGGGGAAAGGCCCAAGCACCUGUGGGGCCAGCAGCAUGACAGACAGCGCCGAGUCCGAGGCAUCUGACUCGGCCAACACUGAGAGCCGCGGCUGCAGGACCAGCGGCUCGAGCGAGUCCAUGGACGCCCUGGAAGAGGACGACCUGGAUGCCUGCUCCUCCAGCAGAUCUGGCUUCUUCCACCUGGGCUCACCAGGCUUCCUAGAGAGUCUUGAUCCCGACAGCCAAGAGGAGAGAAGCAAGGUUGAAACCAGUGGCUUCCUCUGUCUCCUGGACCUGGCCCAGAGAGCCAGCCCUCAGUGCCAGAAGACAGAGUUUUCUGAGAGUUCCGCCCCCGAGACCUUCAGCUGGGGACCAGAACUGAGCACGGUCAGGCUGGACCCCAGGCUGUACGAGGGCAGCCGGAUUGACUACUACAGCCUGUGUGCCAGUGUCUCCCCCGCCAGCCACCUGAGUGACAGCUCCGACAGCACGACUUCCCGGCAGGGUGGGGGCCUAGCAGCCUGGGCCCAGCGGGGUGGGCCUGGGGCCCAGCCCGGCUCCACGCUGCAGGCCCUGGCCCCAGGCCUGCCACUGGCCUUGGAGGAUGGCAGUUCAGAUGAGGAAUACUACGAUGCAGCCGACAAGCUCACACCCCCAGACGCCCUCUCAGGGCUCAGAGCUGCUUCUGCUGUAGAAACUAGUGCCACAAGCCCGCAGAAUAAGGCCAGCACUUGCAGCCCUGAGGACAGCCUGAAUCCUGGGCCGGAUGGAAGGGAACCAAGCAGAAGGGGAGGGGUGAAGAAGUAUGCCAAGACCCUGAGGAAAAGAAGGUCUUUCCUACAGACUGACUACACCUGUCAGGUCUCAUUUCCCCUGGUGCCGUCAGCUUCCCUGGAGAGCAUGGACGACGUGUGCUACUACGACCGGGAGCCCUACCUGACCCUCGGUGCACCCUCCCCAACUGUGUCCUCUCUACAGGACGUGCAGGGUGAGCCAGGCCUCCUGGAGACCAAGGCCCUGGGGCUGCUGUCUACCCUAAGGGAGACCAAGAGCAAAAACCCAGCCUCCCGGGCCAUGGAGAUGGAGCCUGAGACCAUGGAAACCAAGUCAGUCAUCGACUCUCGAGUGUCUUCUAUUUCUGCCAUUCGCCUCCGGAUUGACCCCAGCCAUAAAGAGAAUUCUGGGAUUGCCCCUCUGACUGCCAGUGUUGCCAGUUCCCCAGCAAACACCCCUCAUGGUCCCGACCCAGGCUCGUCUGGCCCUGAUACGGCUCAGGCAGGGCCUUCCCAGACCUUAUCUCCAUUUCAAGACUCGGAUGGCAGUGCCCCCCGAGAACGCUCCAUGGAGCUUGGGGACAGCACCUCCUCCCUCUCCAGUGCUGACCUGAACCCAGACAGAGUCUGCCUGGCCGUCAGCCCAGGGCCACACAGUGCCUCUCAAGGAGACACACUAGAGCUGGGAGGAGUCCAGUUGGAAAGAGGAUUGGGAUCUCUGUUUACAAAUCAUUUGGAAGAAACGGCCCCCCAGUACACACAGCCUUUGUUGUCUCCUCAAGACAGGCCAAGAAGUGGUGAAUGUGGAGUAAACUUGGAAGAGAAGAUGGUUCCUUUCCCUACAAAGGAGGAGCAGCAAGGACAGCUGUCUUCGGAACGUGAUCGAGAAGGUACAAGCACCAACGGCUCCUGCUUAUUUCAUGAAGAGUAUGGGAAGGGUCCAGCUGACCCUAAGGGUGACGUGUUGAAUGCUGUUCCACACUCUGUUGGUGUCAGUGCUCCAGCUGGCGGCGUUGCAGCCUCCCUCUCCUUGGAGACUCCUGUAACAGGGACCGAGCAGACCCCACCACAUUCCCCCGCAGAACCGCAAGGACAAAGCAGAGAAAUGCCAGGCCAAGCCGGCCAGGCCCAAGAACAAAAGCUAUUGGCAGAGCUGGAUUUAGACCCGGAUUUCUUGCUUAGGGACAAGACCAUUUCAUCAGCCUUUGCUCGGGAGGAGGUCAAGGCAGAGCCACCUAACCAUGUGAUAGGGGACGACACCACCCCUAGGGACACUCCUCAGCAGGUCUGUUUGAAUCCAGGGCCUUCUCUGCCAGAGCCACUGCCGUGUCCCCAGGAGGAGCCCGAUUUAGAAGGUUCAAAUCAUUGUUCGCUGCCAGAAAACAAAGACAAAAGCCCUAGCAUCUGCCUUCCUGCUGAGAAGUCUUUCCUGUGCUUUGUCCCAGAAAGCUAUCCUAAAGUUUCUGCCAGUGUCAGGACGGCCACAUCCUUGGGGUUUGCAGGUGUGAAUGAGACAGUGGCCCCCAGGAUUGGGAUGGAGCAGUGCGGCUGCCAGUUCUCCUAUGCCACGUGCUUCCGUGGCCUGCAGCCAGAGACAGAGGAGGAAGACAGGGACUUGGAAGCACACCCCACAGCCCCCCUUACCUCACCACCCUCUGCAGGAAGCCGGCUGGCCCUGCCCUGGAGGCCUGCCCGGGCCCACAGCUGCAGCGCCGAGCCCCUGUCGAGGAACAGCCACAUCUGGCCAGAAUACUGCUCCAGGGCUCUGAGACAGCUGAGAGCUGCCCCUGCCCGCACCCCCGAGGGCUUCAUCCAACUCCUGCAGAGCCUGCUGGAAUUACAGGACAUUUUAGAAGCUUCCUGGGGUAAUGGGAAUAAACACCCCCCCGAGAAGUGCACCUGGCACUUUUCUGAAAGCCGGAGCCGCCUCUGCACAGGCUCCCAAAAGCUCCUGUCGAGCUGUCAGCACGUGAUUAGAACGGACCAGUCCCCGGAGGAGAUGCAGGGUGCUGUGCGCGACACCUUCCAGCACCUGGUCCAGCUGGCUGGCCUGUGCUUCCAGUUCACAGACUGCAGCCGCUGCUCCACCCGGCACAGGGAGGCAGCGGGGAACCUGAGGGAUGUGGUGUACACCUACCACCAGUUUGUGGAGGCCGCUAAGCUGACCUGCGAGAGAGGCUACCAUGACCUGAGUGUGAAACUCUUGGCCCGUCAGUGCACGGCCCUCACAGCUGCCGUGUUCUGUUUGACCCAGAAGUUCCGGGCCUCCACUGCCCUGUGAACAGGCCAGUUGCUCAAGGCCCCCUGCCCUGCCUUGGACACUUCCCUGAGAAGCCCCUGCCAUUUCUCCACCCACCCCUAUCAAAUGUUUACUAUUUCGAGUAUUCAAAUAAACUGCUGCUUAAUCUUUGCCUGAA